CUUUAGUUUUCUCUAUCUUUACGGUAUUGUACCUAUGUUCGUAGAUUUGAUUAAUACGUAGUUUUCAGUUCCCCCUUUUACGCUUGGGAUAUAAUUAAGUUACAUAAAGGACUUAUUUCCGCGAAAACAAAAUAAUCGAUCUCCUAAACUUAUUCUCGGAUUGAGAUUUUGUUAUUGCCGUGUUCGUGACGUAAAUGCCAGAAACUAAAUUAACCUGACAAAAGAAUAUUUUAAUAUUGGAGGAAAAACAGGAAUAUCUUUAUUAAGAUGUCAUUGAAAUGUCCAAAACAAUAGAUUUCCAUCGGAGGAAAAGGCGUUUCCGAUCGCUUAUUGCUGACUAUUUAAAAAGCUUCAGGAAACCUGAGGAUUCAGUUUAGAGUAUUCUUUUCUACUCGUCGUGUUUUAAGUGCAUAUUGCAAAGAUGAGGUGCGUCUCCAAAAAAUCAAAUAACAGAAUACUUUUACCUCUUCUGUUCUGCUACGUAACCGCCUCUCUGGUACAAGGAUUCCCUGGAGAAGACUACAGAUACAUUGAGCGAGAUUUGGCUAGUCCAGGUGCCCACCAGCUAGCCAGUUGGUUAGCUUCCCAGCUACGGCCCAAAGAAAUCAUCCCCGUCGAAGUUCCCGUCAUCCCCUACCGGUUACCACUGCAAGGCAAAAGAAACUCAGAAGUUACCAACGCCAUUAUCGGAUCAGAAGAAAGCCAGAAGAUGUACCGCGAAGGCCGCUAGAUCAGGAAUCAGGAAUCGAUGUCGGAACAGUUCUCUGUACUUCAAUAUUGCAGAUUACAUUUUGUUUUGUGUAUUUUAGAAUAUUAAAUAAUUAAUAUAUUGACUAUUUUAAAA